AUGAUCUGUUUUUUCAUUUCUCUGUUUUGGUUUCAGUGUGAAAAUCUUGAAACACCAGACGCGGCGGAGCUAAUAGCGGCGAUGGCGGCUGGAUGGAACGCGAAAAUGAUCGUUGAAACAUGGUCAGACGGAGACGCAAUAGCUUCAAGUAUAGGCUUAAACGUCGCAAGCCAACACGCAAACGCUAAACACAUAUGUAUUGUACAAAACUCAAGAUCAGAAUCAGCUUAUCUCCAAGCUAUUCAAGAAUCAUCAUCAUCUCCUUUAAACUUACCAGAGACGAUAAUCGCCGAAGAAGAACCUGAAAACGCGAUGAAAACUCUACAAGGAAUCGAUUUCUUGGUCGUGGAUUGGCGAAACAAGGAAUUCGCAGCGUCUGCGUUGAAAAACGCUGCGUUUGGAAGCAGAGGAGCGGUUGUGGUUUGUAGAAACGGAUACUCGAGAGGCUCUUCGGGUUUUAGCUGGAGAAGGGCUUUAAGAGACCGGAAAGUUGUGAGAACGGUGACUCUUCCGGUCACCGGAGGUAUUGAGAUUGCUCAUGUAGCGGCUAGGAACUCAGGGAGGAGUGAGAAGAGUAAGAGAAGAUGGAUCACACAUAUUGAUCAGAGAUCAGGAGAAGAACAUGUGUUUAGUAUUUAG